AUGAGGUUGGAGCUGUCCUUGCCUCUCCUGGGGCUCCUGCUGUGUGCAGCUGGCACUGCAGCUCAGCAGGGUAAGUGACAAUUCCAGGUGGACAUUUCUGGCACCACAGUGACAAUCACGUGUCCCUUCACCGAAAAUGUAGAAUGGGAUCUAGGUGGGAAGAGAACAGGCUUUAAGGAGCAGAAGUACACUAUAACAAACCAUGACAGCUCUCCUGCCAACCUGACUUGUUCCUCAGGUGGUAAGAAGCUUCACCUGUACCUGAAUGCCAGAGUGUGUCCCAACUGUGAGGAGCUGGAUACCCUGACGGUGACAGGGAUCAUCAUUGCAGACCUUCUCAUCACCCUUGGGGUGCUGAUCCUGGUCUAUUACUUCAGCAAGGACAGGAAGGGGCAGACGAGCACUGGUCUGGGCACUCGGCCCCGAGGUCAGAAGAUGCAGCGACCUCCCCCUGUUCCAAACCCGGACUAUGAGCCCAUCCGGAAAGGCCAGCGGGAAGUGUAUGCAGGCCUGGAAUCCAGAGGUUUCUGA